CCUUAUGGGAAAAUUUUUCCCUAUCUUAUUUUGUCCGUACGCUCGCCCGGCCCUGUCCGUGCGUCUGUUUAUCCGCUUUUCUUUGCAAUAUUUAUUACUUUUGCGUAAGUUAUUGAUACAAUGAUGUUUAGUAUGAAAGCCGGGUAUCGUUUGGGAACAAAUUACAUACUUUUCGCAUUAAUUAUAUUGUAUUCUUAUCAAAAUUCAGUCAUUUCAUUUAUGUCCGUGCGCCCGCCCGGCCCAGUCCGUGCAUCUGUUAAUCCGCUUUUCUUUGCAAUAUUUAUUACUUUUGCAGGACAUAGGUACUUGAAUGUCACAAGAGAUCAAGAGAACAUCAACAUCAUCAACAAAACAGCCGGAGCCGGAACCGGAAACGGAAACGGAAUUCACGGAACACGGACGGAGCACGGAGCGGCACGGAUAUACACGAGCCUCCCCGAGUUCAUCCGGAGAGCGUACGGACAUUUUAAGAUAGGAGCACCUGGGAACACUGAUCCUUAAAAACACGUAAGUGCAUGGGGGAAAUAAUGGUACAUACGUUCUUUCUAAAUCGAGUUAGAAAUAGUAGUCCCUAAUUGCAGAAUGUAGUCCAUUUUCAACACACUGUCGCCGUUCA